AAAAACUUACUAAUGCGCCAAUAUUAUUGUACCCGGACUACAAAAAGAAGUUUAUCCUCGCUACCGACGCGUCAAAACUUGGACUAGGCGCUAUCCUUUCACAACUCGAUCCCAACAGAAAUGAACGACCCGUCGCCUACGUCAGUAGAGGAUUAUCGCCAGCUGAACGAAAUUACGCAAUCCACGAAAUGGAAUGUUUAGCCGUCGUCUGGGCCGUCAAGUACUUCCGACAGUACUUGUUGGAACAGAAAUUCGAUCUAAUAACCGACCAUGUUGGAUUAAAAUAG